AUGAAACCACUCGUAUUUACACAUUACCACUUUGGUGAUAAAGAGAUAACUCCUAUAAAGAGCUAUAGAUUAUCACCUGAUCUUAAGCUGCGUACAGACGAGCGAACCAAACGGUUUGCAAACCGUCUGCGGAAGGUUCGCAAACCGCCCGGAGCAAAAUAUUUUUAUCCCAAACCCAACCUCAAAUCUACACGAGCCACCAUAGGAAUCCUUCUAUGGUUCGCUCAUUCACCGACAUCGAUCGGCUUGUUCCGAGCAAUUUCCAAACUGUCGCCAGACAGUUUGCAGUGUUGUACAGACUAUCGAACCAAACUGUCUGCAGAUGGUUUGCAAACUGUUUGGUUCGCUCGUCUGUAUGCUGCUUUAAAAG